GGCGGGGGCGCCGACGGCGGGGGCGGUGACGACGACCGCGACGGGCAGGAGAACCAGGCGCGCGGGCGGGAGCGGGCCGGCCUCCGAGACCUAGCGAGCAACGGGGCCGCCAUGUCUCAGGCUGUACAAACAAAUGGAACACAACCAUUGAGCAAAACGUGGGAACUGAGUUUAUAUGAACUUCAAAGAACACCCCAGGAAGCUAUAACAGAUGGGCUGGAGAUAGUGGUGUCACCCCGAAGUCUCCACAGUGAGCUGAUGUGUCCCAUUUGUUUGGAUAUGCUGAAAAAUACCAUGACUACUAAAGAAUGUCUUCAUCGAUUUUGUGCUGAUUGUAUCAUCACGGCCCUCAGAAGUGGAAACAAAGAAUGCCCUACAUGUCGUAAAAAGCUUGUUUCUAAAAGAUCAUUGAGACCAGACCCAAACUUUGAUGCCCUCAUCAGUAAAAUUUACCCAAGUCGUGAUGAAUAUGAGGCUCACCAGGAGAGAGUUUUAGCAAGGAUCAGCAAGCACAAUAAUCAGCAAGCUUUGAGCCACAGCAUUGAGGAGGGUCUGAAAAUCCAGGCCUUGAACAGGUUACAGAGAGGCAAGAAGCAACAGAUAGAGAAUGGCAGCGGAGCAGAAGACAAUGGUGAUAGUUCGCAUUGUAGCAAUGCUUCAACCCACAGUAAUCAGGAGGCUGGACCAAGUAACAAAAGGACCAAAACAUCUGAUGAUUCUGGGCUUGAACUGGACAAUAACAAUACAACAGUUGCCAUUGACCCAGUCUUGGAUGGUGCAAGUGAAAUAGAAUUAGUUUUCAGGCCCCAUCCUACGCUUAUGGAAAAUGAUGACAGUGCACAGACAAGGUACAUUAAGACCUCGGGCAAUGCCACUGUUGAUCACUUGUCCAAGUACCUCGCUGUGAGAUUAGCCUUAGAAGAACUUCGGAGUAAAGGAGAGUCUAAUCAGAUGAAUCUUGAAACAGCCAGCGAGAAGCAGUACACAAUUUAUAUUGCCACAGCUAAUGGCCAAUUCACCGUGUUAAAUGGUUCUUUUUCCUUGGAGCUGGUCAGUGAAAAGUACUGGAAAGUGAAUAAGCCCAUGGAGCUCUACUAUGCACCAACAAAGGAACACAAAUAAGCCUUACAAAAAGGCUUUGAGUUGGAACAAUAAUUGCUUUUAUAGCUUUGCUUUACUUUAAGUUGAAGCACCAUCCUCUGCAUCGUGGACAACUGCACAGAGACUUGGAUUCCCCAAUGAAUAUCUUUAUUAAUUAUUAGACAGUAUUUUGUGUGAUGUUUAACUUAUAUUUUUCUUUCUGGAGAACUGAAUGAUCAGUACAUUCCACUGUUACUGUCAUAUGUGUUCUUUUGAUUUGGUGGCUCUUGUUUCAUGUGUGUGAUAUUAGAGACAGCAAAAUUUCUUUGGGACAUGGAAUGUUGGAGGGCAUUGGAUGGGCAGACUUACUAGCACCUUGAUGUAUAUUGACAAAGGAACAAGAGAUGCUGUAACUCUUCUGGCACUGUUAGUUACAUAUGGGUAAGAAUAGUAACUAAUUAGUUCAGAUGCUAAGGAAAUAGCUGGGGCUGGAAGAAAAGACAGAUUGUUCACAGCAGUAACUGAAUUCUUAUGCAAUGCCCUGUAAUGUCACUCUGCUUUGUGAAUUAAAAAGCCACCUCACAUGCAACACUGUCUGCAUUCCCAAUGGCCAUGGGAAUGCAAGCUACUCCUUUUGCUGUUUUCAUUAUAUUUAAGGUAAAUUAUUCUUACCCACUUCACAUGAUGGUUAAGAGAGCACUAAUUGUAAUACUGUUGCACUGCUUAAUUGCAGUCGAGGGAAAAGACUAAGGAAUGAACAUACAUUUCUGAGGCUGGUUCCAAAUUUUGUUCAUGAAGAGCUGAUGUAAUAGUCAUAUUAGCCAGGAAAAAGGAAAAAGAUUUGUACUGAUACUGCUUAAAAAAUAGUAAUCACUGCUGCAAAUACUGACAAUUUUUUUUGAAAUAUUUUUAAACUUUCCCAUAUUGACUAUACUUGGCACUUAUGGUAUAAAUAAAUGUGUAUUGGAAUGAUCUUUAAUUUUGACUGGAUCAAAACUCUGUACUCUUACAUAUUGUAGCAUCCAGGUUUCCGUAAAUCAGUUACCCAUGAUAUGUUAGAAGACCCGUCCAUCUGUGUGCCUGAUUAUGUAAAAAACCUUCCUUUCACUGAAACGUCUCCAGUACUCUCUUGUGAGUCCUGGAUGUGCUAAGAAAAGUAAUGGUACAGAAAAGUGUGGGCUUGUAGGGGAAACUGCAUUAACUUCAGCAUUUCCCAUUUUCUUAGGGUUGUUGGACUAGAAAUUAUGAUUUACUGUAAAAGUCAAUUACUAUAAGUCAAAGCUGAAAAUAUGCCUACUUAUUCUAAUGAUUUGAUGGUCCUGCAGAAAGAGAAAGCUGUCUUACAGUAUGCCUUCCAAUGUCAGAGGUCCCUAAAUUAUUUUAACAGCUUGUGCCAUGACAGUUCAGAAGUAGUCCAAGUCGGGGGUGGGGGUGGGAGGUGUGUCAUGCUUACGCAGUUUUGUUCAGUAUUUUUGGUGUAAUGUACAAACUAUAUAGCUUGCUAGUGUAUGUCCUCUAAAUAUAAUCAAGUUUCUUUUUAUGUGAAAAAAUGAUUUUGUAUGGGCAAACAUCAGUUGCAGAAAAACUUGCUUUUGGAGUUAUUGGACUUAUUGGAGAAAUUGUUUAGCCCUAGAAGCAGAUCAAAUAUAGCAUUCUGAAAAGCUUACCUGUUUUGGGAAGGUACAUUGUUCCCAGGUUAGUGGGAAAGAAUGUGAAUUUUUAACUUCUGUUAUGGUGAGUUCUAUAAGUAUUUAUAUUUACUUAAAUAUAUAAAGUAACUGUUUUAAUCAA